AUGCUAAGAAUGCUAAGUAAAGAAGAAGCUCAAAAGUUGAUCGAGGAUUUUUCUAACCAGAAAGUGAAGAAGCUCGAUGAAAUUUCUUUAAUUAAUUUUUUGAACUUUUGCAAGUUUAAACUUGCCAAUAAAGGAAGAAAAUUAGUGUACAGAGAUAAACUUUUAAUGCACCAGCUUUACAGUAAUAAAUUGAAAGAAACAAUAUCAGGUGAUAAUUUAAAAACUAUGUGGAAAAAAAGGUUUACGAACGAACAACUAAAAGAGGCUUUAGAAAUAUUUCAGAACCAAAUCGAAAAUGGUGACUACAAGAUUCUUCAUUUUUGGGCUGAUAUUACAAAACCACAUACUGAGCAUAACAAUACAGAUGUCCUAUCAAAUGUGCAAACCGCUAUAUAUUCGUGCACUGAUAAAACACAACUAAUAGCUAUCGUGAAUUAUCUGAAAAAUAUUUCAGAAGUUCAGAUUAAAGAAAUUCUUCUGCGAGCAGAAAUUAAAAAAAAAGAAAAAAUUAUCGAAUCAUAUAUGAACUUUCCACUAAAAGACCUUGGUAAAAUAAAGGAAAAACUUCUAGAACUCCCCAUAACCGACCCAUUUUAUUGUUUUAUAAUAAAUUUCAACAGUGAAAUUUGGCAGUCUAUUUAUCCAAAGAAUGCUAUUUUACGUAUUGAAAACGACUACUUAUUUAAAUUUUCAACGGAGCAAUAUGAUGACAUCAAUAACACUAUGGAUUUAGUAUUUGAAAAGUAUGAUCCAAACCUUGAACCUUCACCUCAAAUAGAAUUAAAUUCUGAUUUAGAUGAAUUACAUCAAAAUUAUUGCAAAACAAUUAUAAAGUCAUGGCUACUCGAAUGGAUCAAUCCACCUGCUGUUAGCCUUGAAUCACGUUAUGUUUAUAAAUAUGUAUAUCAUCCUCUUGAUACAGUUUUAGAUGGCCUGUUGCAACACUUUCAUCUUCAUGGUCCUGAACAUCCUGCAAAGUGUAUUGUAGAACGCAAGAGUUGGCAUCAUCAGCCGCCUUUUGGUUUAUUACCUUCUGCUUUUAAUCAAGCUCGGGAAUAUUUCAAAGAUGUUGAGGAUAAAGAAGUAAAUAUUAUUUCUGAAGAAAUUAUAAUUAAAGGGAACGAAACGACUUGUCUUCGGCCAAGUGGAAAUUCUGAACCCUACUAUGGUGAUGUACAGCCUGGGAUUACAUAUAUUCGGGUUUAUCCUCGGAAAGUUGAUGCUGCAAUCACUUAUACAUACGAAGGACACUCGUUAUAUCUCUUGAUGUGUGAAGUAAAAUUACCGAACGCAUCAAGUUGUGGUGUCUAUAAUAAGCUUAUUCGGUCAUUAAAUGAUGCCAUCAAUGAUUUUAUUAUAUUUUUUUCAAAAACUGCUAAAAUUAUUACUUCUGGCUUAAAACUUCUUUUUAGUAAAAUGAGAUGGGUUGGGCUAUUUGUUUUCGAUGGACAGAUACAGCUUAUAUUAUUACGGUUUAAUUCAGAAAAGCUUCAAUUCACUUGGUUGGCACGUGAGGGGAUUAUACCUACCUCGUUUGAAAAACACGAUGUAGGAUCAAUGAUCGAGAUCUAUUUAAUUGUAAAGGAAAUAAUGAAAGAAAAUUAUGAAAUAAUUUUAAAAAUAAUACAAGAAAUUGAAAGAAAUUCUUCUCAAGAGGGAUCCAUUCAGACAUUUGAAUAUCUUCAGCAAGUUAUUCGACCAACCCCUGCCUCACCCCUAAAAUGCAAAAAAGAGGUUUCACUAAAUUGA